AUGGCGGCUUCUAAAGGAGCGAAUACGUACAAUCGACAGAAUUGGGAAGAGUCUGAUUUUCCGAUUUUAUGCCAGACAUGUCUCGGAGACAAUCCUUACAUACGCAUGAUGAAGGAGAAAUAUGGGAAGGAAUGCAAGAUUUGUGCACGUCCUUUUACAGUGUUCAGAUGGUGUCCUGGUGCACGUAUGAGGUUCAAAAAGACUGAAGUGUGCCAAACAUGUUCAAAGAUAAAGAAUGUGUGUCAGACUUGCCUCUUAGAUCUUGAGUAUGGCUUACCUGUGCAGGUGAGAGAUGCAGCAUUGAAGAUCCAAGACAACAUGCCGAAGUCUGAUGUAAACAAAGAGUAUUACACACAAAACAUGGAGAAUGAGAUCGCAAAUGGUGAUGGUACUGUUGCACCUGGACAGUUGGGUAAAGCUCAGACUCCAAGUGACAUGCUUCUGAAACUGGCCCGUACAACACCCUACUACAAACGAAAUAGACCUCAUAUCUGCUCCUUCUGGGUGAAGGGGGAGUGUAAGAGAGGAGAGGAGUGUCCCUACAGACAUGACAAACCAACAGAUCCUGAUGAUCCUCUAGCAGAUCAAAACAUAAAGGACAGAUUCUACGGAAUGAAUGACCCUGUGGCAGACAAACUCAUGAACCGCUACAGUAAUAUGCCAAAGUUAGAUGCUCCAGAAGAUAAAUCCAUCACAACUCUCUAUGUUGGAAAUCUUGGGGACAAAAUAGGAGAGACCGAACUCAGGGACCACUUUUACCAGUUCGGAGAAAUCAGAUCAAUCAACAUCGCCAGUAAGCAGCAGUGUGCAUUUGUGCAGUUCACAACAAGACAGGCAGCUGAGAAUGCCACAGAGAAGUCUUUUAAUAAACUGAUUAUGGGUGGAAGACGUCUCAACAUUAAGUGGGGUAAAUCUCAAGCCCAGCUAGGAAUCACAAAGAAAGAUGGAGAGGACUCAGAAAAAGCUCUUGAGCCAGUACCUGGUCUUCCAGGGGCCUUGCCUCCACCACCAGAAGAAAUUGCAAAUAAUUUCUUUAAUUUACCCAAUGCCCCCAACCACCUUCCAAUGCCACCUGGUCCUCCAAGAGGAAUGCCUCCUCGUCUUGUUCCUCCUGGUGCACACAUGAUGCCAUUUGGAAUGUUCAGAGGACCUCCCCCACCAGGUGUGAGGUUACCUCCCCCUCCCCCAGGAAUGAUGCCGAUGCGUCCCCCUCCAAGAGUGAUGAUGGGUUCCGCCAUGCCAGUACACUACCCCUCACAGGACCCAACAAGAAUGGGUGCUGUCACCACAAGCAGCAAAUCAUAAUCAUGUUAGAUUGUCAUCUCCAUAAUGUUUAAUACCAGAUUAUACUGUUGAAUAAGAAGACAAGGGCUACAGUACAUGGACACUGGUAUGUUAUUGUUGGAAACUCAAGUGACUGUAAUCUUGUCAUUUGUCUUAAGAGCAGAGUCCUGUGGGUUUCGAUUGAUGUGACUGUGUAUGCAGUUGGUUAUUGGGAGGAAAGUCAGCAUUUGCAUUAUGUGUCAUUAUGUGCUUUAUCAUCCUGACCACAACAAUUCACUGAACACAAAUAUGACAUUACCCUGGGAACAGUCUUACUUGACACUUCUACAGCUACACAGUAUGUUACAGGCAGUACACAAUGGUACAGGAACCACUAGAUCACAGAAGGAGGAAGUGGGUUUAGGGACAGAAUAAGUUAUCGGAAGAGAUGUGACUAGUGGUAGUAAAAUGUUACCGGUGACAGUGUUAGUGUUGCCACUUAUGAAAAAAUAUCUCAAAAGGAACAAGAGAUUUCAUGUUUCAUGCAAAAAAGUCACAGGUGACAAAAUCAAUCUUUGGAGAAUUAUAAUUCCUCAAGGGGAAAAGCACCUCAUUUUGGACAGAAGAUUUUGUUUGUGGUACAAAAAAGUUGCUUGUGACUCAGUCUUCAGGAAAUAAUACCAAUAGGAACUUGUAUUCUUGGAGUCUUUUAAUAAAACUGUUUUAUUUCUUUUAAAAAUCA